GUGCUUCCUGCCGGGCCAAGUUUGCAGAGCGCCGCCGCACGCCGGGCCAGCGGAGCAGAGCCGCAGCAGAGCGGGGCUGCACGGAGCGCGGCGGCGGGGCCGGGCCGAGCCGUGCCGGGCUAGGGCAGGGCAGGGCAGGGCAGGCUCGACGGAGGGGCCGGCUCCGGCUCCGGCCUCGGGGCGCUCUCCCCGGCCCCUGCCCGCCCGCACCAUGCCGCGGCGGCGCGGCUGCCUGCCGCCCCUCGUCUGCACUUUAGCCGCCCUCAGCCUGCCGCUGCUGCUGGCCGCCGAGCCCCGCGCCAAAAGUUGCUCCGAAGUGCGGAGGCUCUACGCCGCCAAGGGCUUCAGCCAGAGCGAGGCGCCCAGCCACGAGAUCAGCGGUGACCACUUGAAAGUCUGCUCGCAAGCCUACACAUGCUGCUCUCAAGAAAUGGAAGAGAAGUACAGUCAACAGAGUAAACACGACUUCAGAAAUGCUGUUGUAGAGCUUAGCAAUCACUUACAAACAAUGUUUAGUUCCCGAUACAAGAAGUUUGAUGAGUUCUUCAAAGAACUUCUCGAAAACGCUGAGAAGUCGCUGAACGACAUGUUCGUGCGGACGUACGGCCGGUUGUACAUGCAGAACUCGGAGCUGUUCAAGGACCUCUUCGUGGAGCUGAAGCGGUACUAUGUGGGUGGCAACGUCAACCUAGAGGAGAUGCUCAAUGAGUUCUGGGCACGCCUGCUGGAGCGCAUGUUCCGGCUGGUAAACCCACAGUACCACUUCACGGACGAGUACCUCGAGUGUGUCAGCAAGUACACGGAGCAGCUGAAGCCCUUUGGGGACGUGCCGCGCAAGCUCAAGCUACAAGUAACGCGAGCAUUUGUGGCAGCCCGCACCUUCGCACAGGGCCUUGCCGUCGCAAGGGAUGUUGUGAGCAAAGUGUCUGCGGUGAACCCCACACCACAGGGUACAAGAGCACUGCUGAAAAUGAUGUACUGCCCGUACUGCCGAGGUCUGGUAUCAGUGAAGCCCUGUUACAAUUACUGUUUUAAUGUCAUGAGAGGCUGCUUGGCCAACCAAGGGGAUUUGGACACCGAGUGGAAUACCUUUAUGGAUUCGAUGCUGCUGGUAGCAGAGAGGCUGGAGGGGCCUUUUAAUAUUGAGUCAGUCAUGGAUCCCAUUGAUGUGAAAAUUUCAGAUGCAAUCAUGAACAUGCAGGAGAACAGCAUGCAGGUGUCUCAGAAGGUUUUCCAGGGAUGUGGCCAGCCAAAAACACUUGCACAAGGUCGAACCGCUCGCUCUGUCUCUGAAAGUGGUUUCAGUGCUCGCUUUAGACCAUACAACCCGGAGGAGCGGCCAACUACAGCCGCUGGCACGAGCUUAGACAGGCUGGUUACUGAUGUAAAAGAAAAGCUGAAGCAAGCCAAAAAAUUUUGGUCCUCUCUCCCCGGCAACAUUUGCAAUGAUGAAAAGAUGUCUGUAGGCACUGUCAACGAGAACGAGUGCUGGAACGGGAGCGCUAAGAGCAGAUAUGACUUUGCAGUGACUGGAAACGGCUUGGCAAGUCAGGUGAACAACCCAGAGGUGGAAGUUGAUAUUACCAAGCCAGACAUGGUGAUUCGUCGGCAAAUCAUGGCUCUGCGGGUGAUGACCAACAAGCUGAAGAAUGCAUACAGCGGGAACGACGUUGACUUCAUUGACAUCAGUGAGGAGAGCAGCGGGGAGGAGAGCGGCAGCGGCUGCGAGUUCCAGCAGUGCUCCCCGGAGUUCGAGUUCAAUGCAACCGAAGUUACUGGAAACUCCAACAAGAGUGAUAAAAAAGCGAACACUUCUGCCGCUACCAGUAGCGGUUUAUCACAAGCAGCCUUGUUCCUUAGCAUUUUGUUCUUGGCCAUGCAAAGACAAUGGAGAUAAUUGUGCAGCAUAGGGGGGGAGAAAAAGACUUUUAUUAUCAAAGUUAGAAGGCACCUGCUUUCACUUUUAUACCAUCUAGUGACUUUGCUUUUUAAGUUAAUGGACAACAGUGUACAGUUUUUACUAUGUUGCCACUGGUUUUAAGAUACUGAUUUUUUUUCCCUUGCUAUUCUGGGAAUAACAGGAAUGGGGCCUACCAGUCUGUCCCAUUCACCAAGAGUCCAUGAUAAAGGUGGAUAACAGAAAUGUAUAUACAAGCCUGUAGUUAGCUCUGCAUUUGUCUUUAUCACUUUUUUAUUUUUUAUUUUUAUUUUACCACAUUUCUUACAAAAAGAAGAAACCCAGGGUCCUUUCUUGGCAUGUAACAAGUAUGUGUUUCUGAAAUGAGAAAUGUCUGUACAGAAGCAGGUUUUAUUUAUCAUGUUAUCUUAUGGGGGGGAAAUAAUUACCAAACAAGCAGAAAACAUGUUUCAUGUAGUUAACUUCCCAUUUAUCCACAUAAUGUUAGUUGCCUUAUCUGGAAAAGAGUGGAAGUAAUUUGUCUUUAUUAUGCAGUGAAACAACAUGAAGAUAGAACUGGUCAGUGUGCCAAGUGCCCCAUUUGCAUAAGGUGGUAAUGCCAGGAGCAGGUUGUACUUCCUUUACAGGAUGUUUGGUUAAAUUGGAAGAGUCUACAGAGAAUUCCAGUUUUGCAGAUGCUAAGAAGAGUUAUCAUUUGUUCCCCAGGAUCCUUGCAAUUAACUGUAACUCAUGUAGGUCAGUUCCUGAAGUGCAUCUCCAGUGGGAAUAAGGCAUUAAACUUGUUCGGUUGGAAGCAACUUGUCGUGUCACAGAUCCAAAUGCCAACACGUGUCUUGUCUGCAAAUUUGUUAGAUGAAUGCUGGAUUAAUUUUUUUCCUAUUUUUUAUUUUUAGGAAUACUUUGCUGGGGGUGAAAGAGGGAGAACUGUUGGUUUUGUUUUUGCAAGAGUUUUGUCUCCUCUCUGACCAGGGGCAGACGGGAAGGCUGGGCAGAGUGCUCUGUCGCACUGUUGCAGGGCCGAAGACGCCUCUGUUUUGGCGCUCUUGGUCCCCUGGGAGCCAGUGCCCAGGCACACAGUGACUGCAGCUUUUUGAAGCUAUGCAAGACGCCCAUUCUCUCUCUACGUAUGCUUUUGCAGUUGGAACAGUGUUGUGGUACAGCAUCUCAUUAAUAAAGGAAAAGUAUAUUUUUAAGAAAAAGAUAUUAAAUAACUUUUAAAGAGUUGGGGGGGAAGUCUUCAGAAAGACUCAAAAUUAUUCUGCAUGUGUCUCCUCCUGCUUUGGGUAGCCUUUAGGUCUGGCUGGAUGCUGGGAUCCAGCCAGGAGAGCAAUCCAGAGAGAGGGAGGGUUUGCUGUGUUCCACCCUUGUGUUGUAAGGAUAAUUUUCUAUUUUUAUAUUGAAGCAUUAAUUACUUGUUAGCUCAGGGUCACUGUUAUAUUCAACUUUAUUUUCACACCAAAUUUCUGCAAAGCUAUAAAGAUGGAAUAUUCUUGGCUGGUAUAAACAAUCCUGGAGGCUUAAUUUUACUAGAAGUAGCCCGUUAUUUAUUAAAACAUGAUGUUAGUAGAGUAGGGAUAUUCUGGCUAGAUUAUUUUUCUUUAGAAAAUAAAUCAUGGAAGCGUAAAAUUGAAAAAGUUAUAAAUUUAUGUGUGGGAAAAAAUGGAUUGUAAAUAGCUAAGUUGCUUUGUGAGGAAUUGGAAAAUGUGCUGAUACUUAGAAACUACCUCAGUUCUGAGGAAUUUCCUUUCUAGCUUUGAGUGCUAUUACAUUUACUUGGUAGAAGUGAAUCUGGUCUCCAAUAUGUAGCUGAAAGAGUUAUCCCUAUAGACCUUGUUAGAUUGUUUUUAAUUUAGAGGGUUGAACUACAUCCAGCUGUUUUCUUUCAGCUAAGUUCCUUAACAAAGAGAAUUUCUGAAUUAAAUAUUGCUGAUGGUUUCCAUGACUUUUACUGAUUUGUUUGGUUUCAUGGCAUUUUCUGAUUGCCCUUUAAUUAUUUAAAUGGUUCUAACCAUUUGAAUUUUAAUCCUGAAAUAAACAAACCUUAGAUGCACUACCAUUGUAAAUAUAUCACAGUAAGGUCUGACUGGAUAACCCUUCUGGCUUACACCCAGCUGGCAGGCCGGCAAAGUUAAAUGAAGAAAAAAAAAUUAAACUUCUUCAGAGCUCAGAGAAUGGUGAAACAAAAGCCCUGUGUUCAGAGUGGCUGACUUUUCCAAGAUCUCAGUUUUUGGCAUAAAUGUUCAUAUGUAAGAAAGUUGCUUGUAAAUUCUCCUGCUUUUGAGCUUUCUGCCCAGUGUGUACUUAAAGAAAAACAUUUCUGAAUUUAUAUUUAUCAUUUUACAUCUAAUUGCUUACUAAUUAUUAUUCAUUAGUUUGGUAAAAGCAAACAAUGCAAAGACCUGACAUGAGUUUUAAACUUGUCCAGUUUACGUUGUUAAUAGCACAACAAUCCUCCACUAUAUCAAGGACAGAUUUGUCACCUGGGGCUACAGGAAACAAGAGUAAACAUCAAUGUAGGAUGAUGAAAAGUUGUGUUCCUGCUUUUAUUUUGUGUUUGUGUGUGAAAUUGGCUCUCUGACAUGAGCUUGUAAACUAAACCAUACGGGUGGGGACUGAGGCAUGCUGCUGGCUGCUUGCUCGUCAGAAGGCAUCUGCUCCAUUUCUUCCAGUGUUUGUUUUUUCCAAAUAACGAUUGCCAUUACGGUCAUGCUUUAAAGAAAAGUUCCCGUGUAUAAAUUAAUAAUUAAAAUUAAUGCAAGUACUAAUGAACUUCACAAACAACUAAUGAGCUUCACAAGUUAACCAGAGAAGGUGGUAUUCUUGGUGGCAUUGAGGUGCUGUCUCCCAGAGUUG